AAUUUCUAUUAGCGUCCGUAUUCUCUCACGUCUCACGCGCCUAAACCCUAAACCGCCACAGCCGCCUUCUUCUUCUUCUUCUCCUCGCGAUCUCGUGCCCGCCCCGUGAGUUGCCCGAUCAGGCCACGCCGGAGCUCCUCCGACGUCGUUGUCAAAUUCAUCCGGAGGUAAUCAUUUCCAAUCCGUUUCGUUCCGGAUGUUCCGAUCUGUUCUUUUGCCGUUAUAACGUCCGAGAACGGCGUUUUAAAGCAAGACACGUUUACUGGAAUUUUGGAUACGCCCCCGGGCUGUGCACCGAUGGGUGCUAUACUAAUCCGAGUUAGUAUUUGAAUGGUGGACUAGUAGAGAUCUAAUUGUUAGAGAAUAAUUCGUUGAGGAAUAAAAUUUUUAAAGGGGCGGUUCAGCUAUCAUAUUACUUCCUUCAUCCUGCCUGAUUUCCUUCUCGGCCGGCCGGCCGGCCAAAAUUUCUAAACUUUGAACACGAGAGAGCCAGAAGAACCCGUUACGUCGACAUGGACGAGAUGAACAUGCGUGUGCGGCAAGAGAAGGUGCAGAAGUUCGAGGAGUUUGUUGAUCGGCGCCUCAAGCCCAACCUCGUUGAUGCCAUCACUCUACGCGACAAGGUGAUCGAAAAGCAGAAAGUUUUCUCGGAUUUGAAGAGGAAUAUUGUAAGCUUACAGAAGAAUAAUGUGACAUCUCUUCGUUCGAUGGUUAAUCUGGGUUCUGAAGUUUACGCCCAAGCAGAAGUACCUGAAACUAGCCACAUAUUUUUAGAUAUCGGGUUGGGUUUUCAUGUGGAGUUCACUUUGCCAGAAGCACUAGAAUUCAUAUCAGUGAGGGAGGCUAGGUUAGCCAAGCAGAUAGAGGAGCACACACACCUUAUUGCAAACAUCAAAGCACAAAUUAAGUUGGUAUGCGAAGGUAUUCGAGAGCUGCUUCAGCUUCCACCCGCAGAAUGAUGUAAAAUUUUUUAGUGAGAGUUGUAACUUGUUUCUACUGUUGUGCUACUAUAUCCGUGGGAUAUGCUAGGAAAUGGAGACAAUUCUUAUGAAGAAAAGGAAAAAUUGUUGGAUUUCUUCCUUCA